CCGAACCCCACCAAGUGAGCAGCACAUGGCUAUGCCAUGCCGCGGCGGCUGGCUAUCGCGUGCGCGCAGCUGGUGGAGGGUCCCACGCACGAAGUGCCUCAGGAGGUGGAACAUGCCGACAAGCCGGAACGACUGGAUGCCUGCCUUUCUGGACUCCUGCAUUUGGCGCGGCAGCUUCGCAUCCUGGCGCCUCGCAGCGCCACAGAUGAGGAGCUGCAGCUGGUCCACAGCAAGGCGCAGGUGGCCGGCUUGAAACGAGCGCAGCUGGCAGCAAGUGGCGGCCUGGUGUGGUUGCCGGUGAAGGGAUGCCUGGAAAAGUCUUCGAAGGCCGAUUUGCUGCGUGCACGCGGUUUUGGGCAAGACACCUUCCUGACCAGCACCUCGCUGGAUGCGGCCAGACAGGCAGCUGGAGGAUUGUUUCAGCUGGUGGAUCUGAGUGUCACAAGCGGUCCUGCUGGUGGAAUUGCUUUGUGUCGACCACCUGGACACCAUGCAGGGCCCACCAGCAGCACCGGUUUCUGUUUGGUGAACAAUGUGGCGCUGGCCGCCCGAUAUGCUUUGCGCAGGUACCCAGCGUUGAUCAAGAGAGUCUUGAUUUUUGAUUGGGACAUUCAUCAUGGGCAAGGCACGCAGGAAGUCUUCUGGAAAGACUCCAGGGUGCUCUUUGUCAGUAUGCAUUUGUUUUCCAAGGGCUUCUACCCAGCCUCCGGCUCUGCACAGGAAGUUGGUGUGGGACGUGGCCUUGGCUAUACGGUGAAUGUGGCCUUACCCCAAGGAUACACCGAUGCAUGUCUGCUGUGUGCAUGUCAAGACGUGCUGGUCCCUGCUGCCGAGCGCUUUCGGCCGGAUUUGUUGCUGGUCAGUGCAGGAUUUGAUGCCAUGGAUGAAGACCCUUUGGGGGAAGCCAAGUGCACAGCUGAUGGUUUUGCAAGGAUCACCCGCUUACUCAAUGGCCUGGCGCGAAAGCUUUGUGGAGGUCGCUUAUUGCUGGCUUUGGAAGGUGGUUACCAUGAGCAUGCUUUGUCAUCUUGCUUGGGUCUUGUUGCAGAGACUCUCCUCCAUGGUGAUGACACUGAGAACUUCAGCAGCUACGCCGAGAAACCUUUGCAGGCGUCACUGAAGGCGAUCUGGGAAACACGUUUGGCGCAUCGUAGCCUUCCAUUGCAAUUGCUGGACGGCUGUACUUGGUCGAGAGACUUGGUUCCUUACAAUCGUUUCCGCAAGAAACAAAAAUGUUGGCAUUGGAGACUUCCGCGCGACCUGUCUUCAGAUUCGGAUAAUUGUCAAAAAGAUAUUUGAA